ACUUAUUGUUAGCGUCUUUCUCCACCACCACCACCACCUCCCACCUCUGUAACGGCCGGCGAGGAGAUUAGGCCCCCCCCCAGCCUUGUCGUCGUCGUCGGUCGGCCGCCAUACCUUCCCCCCGCACCAUGCCGACGCCACCUACCCCACCACUUGCGGCCACCUCCCUAGGCGUCGGCAUCAGGGGGAGGAACGACAAGUUGUCGUCCCCCGCCGCCGGCGACAGUGACAAGGCUCUCGUCGCCAGACGAUCUUCCGGAAAGCUCUCGAAGGCUUUCAACAAGGCGAUGCUGGGCAACGUCGUCGUCCGGGCCUUCUUCAAGACGAAACCGCGCCGCCCUCGGACGCCGGCCGAGGUUGUUUCUAGAACAACGUUGGUGUUGGACGCCCUCAAUUCAUUCGAGGACAACGAUGGGGGUAAACGUUUUCCAAAGAUGGGUGAAGUGGACACACUGAUUAGGGAGAUGAAGUCAACUCUGUAUGGGAGCAGUGAGUCUGAGCCAGCUGCUGAAGCUUGUGCCCAACUCACACAAGAGUUCUUCAAAGCCAACACACUCCGUCUCAUUGUCCAUUGCCUUCCUAAGCUCAACUUGGAGGCGAGAAAGGAUGCCACUCAAGUUGUAGCCAAUUUGCAAAGACAGCCUGUGAACUCACGGUUGAUUGCUUCAGACUACUUGGAAGCUAACCUGGAUAUUGUGGAUCAUUUGGUCUCAGGAUAUGAGGAUUCGGGUCUUGCAUUGCACUACGGUGCGAUGCUAAGGGAGUGCAUUCGCCACCAGGUCGUUGCGAGCCAUAUCUUGAAAUCUGGGCAAGUUCGCAACUUCUUUGGCUACAUACAACUCCCUGAAUUUGAUGUCGCCACGGAUGCCGCCACCACUUUUAAGGAGCUUCUGACCAGGCACAAAUCUACUGUGGCAGAGUUCCUCUCUGGAAACAAUAAUUGGUUUUUUACCGAAUUCAACUUCAAACUUCUGGGGUCUCCAAAUUAUAUUACCAGAAGACAAGCUGUCAAGCUUUUGGGUGACAUUUUACUUGACCGUUCAAAUUCUUGUGUGAUGGUACGCUAUGUCAGCUCAUUGGAUAACUUGAUCAUUAUGAUGAACCUUUUGAGGGAGUCAAGCAAGCCCAUCCAGCUAGAUGCGUUUCACGUAUUCAAGCUUUUUGUUGCUAAUACAAAUAGACCCCCGGGCAUCACCAGCGUUCUUGCUAACAACAAAGAAAAACUUCUCCGACUCUUUGCAGGCUUGAGGAUGGACAAAGAUGAUGAACUUUUUGAGUCGGACAAAACUCAGAUCAUGAAAGAAAUCAGCGGACUUGAAUUGCCCCGACAAGCUGGAGAUGUUUAUAAGCUGCCCAAAACGCCAAUGUGUUCUGGUGAACUGUCCAAAGUUUCUCCAUUGCCAACACCAGCAGCCUAUUCCCAUGAAUGAUUUGUUGAAUCCUAUGAAACAUUAAUGUAGAUAUAUGAAGCCAUAUAUAUGUGCCUAUUGUGUUUUUGAUACUUGCAAUUACCCUUGCCAUAUAUUGCUUGGGAGGUCGUGUAAUUUUUUUUCCUUUUGAAGGCGCGUCCCCGAAUUGCUUUUCCCAUAAAACUUUUCUAGUCUAGGAAAAAAAGUGGGAUUUUUGGUGUUACUUUCCAAUUUUAUCCUUACGUUAUUGUCGGAUAGAAUACGAUGUGAUGAAUAGAUUAGUAGUGAAUAAAUAUGAUGUUGUUGG